AUGAGGAGCCAAGACAUCCAGAGGGACCUUGGAAAGGAACCAGGUGAGGUGGUUCGGGAAUCUGAUCAGGAUACCUUUAGGUCGCCUUUCUGUGGAGAUCUUUCGGUUAUGUACAAGAGCCUGCUGGUGGUUUUCAGGCCCUUUGGACUACCACGGCACAACCAGGGACUUGUGGCAACCCUUCCACCUGCUAAGCCACUGCUAGAACUCGAAGACUCCUAUAAUAUAUCGGACUACAUUUAUGAAAAUCUGACAACCUACACGUGUGAGGAGCAGGAGAAGGGCCUGCAGACCUUUAAUGCCGUCUUCCAACCCCUGCUCUACAUCCUGACCUUCCUGCUUGGUGUGGCGGCGAACGGCCUCAUGAUCACGGUCCUCCUGAGUCGCUGGCGCCUGAUGCGCAUCACCGAGAUCUACCUGCUGAACCUUGCCGUGGCUGAUCUAAUGCUCCUCUUUACAUUUCCUUUCAGUGUUGCAGACAAUGUUGCUGGUUGGCUGUUUGGGGAGGUUUUCUGUAAGCUGUGGGGUCUGAUGAGAAACCUGAACCUCCUCUGUGGGAGUUUCCUUCUGGCCUGUAUCGGCUUUGAUCGGUAUUUGGCUAUCGUUCACGCCAUUCCCAGUUUGCAAAGUCGGCGUCGGGGAACAGUACACCUCACAUGCAUGUUAUUGUGGCUGGUCUGCUUGGCGUUUACAAUACCCAAUGCUGUGUUUCUCACUGUGAAGCAGGACUUGAGAAACAGCUCGAGGCUCUCCUGUUACUACCAUGAUUACGAGAUCCAUGCACACAACUGGGUUUUGACCAGCAGAGUCUUAGAGCAUGCGUGCUUCUUCCUUCCUCUGGUUGUCAUGAGCUACUGCUACACAGCGGUAGUCCUUACUUUGUGCCACAGCCAGCAAAGCCAAGCGAAGCAAGGUGCCAUCCGACUGGCUUUACUCGUCACUCUGGUCUUUUGCUUCUGCUGGCUGCCGUAUAACAUCACUAUCCUGAUAAAGACUCUGGUAGACCUGGAGGUAAUCUUAUAUGAAAACUGUGACUCUUAUGUUCAACUGCAGCUAGCCAUAGACGUGACACAGAGCCUGGGUUUCUUUCACUGCUGCCUCAAUCCUUUCUUGUAUGCUUUUGUAGGGGUGCGGUUUCGCAGGGAGCUCAUACAGUUACUCUGUCGACUCGGCUGCAGUCGUGUUUUCAUGCCUUUGAUAAGAACUCGGCGUCACAGUCAACCGUCGACUUCUGAGGGAAUGACAUCCAUCACCACCAUGCAUACUUAA